AUGUGGCUGGGAGCUGGUGGAAUAGAGCGGGAUGGGGCCGAGUUGCUCCGCUUCCUGCCGCUGCUGGUAGUAGUAGUAGUCGGCACCCUUCAGUCUCGAGAGCCCAUGGGAGCCCUGCUGGACGUCUGGGUCAGUUUCCAGCAGAAGUGGAUUUUCCUGAAUAUAGUGCUGUAUGAGAUGGACAUCAGCCUGCCCAGCAGCGAGCUGGACUGCCUGUUCCAGAAGCUGGACAGCAGGUUCCGGGAGCUCAUGGAGGUGACGUCCAAGCACCCUUUGGUGCUAUCCAGCGUGAUGCCUAUGGCCACCUCCAACCGGGAGAGCCGCUUUAUGGGUGUGCCCCUGCAGACCAUGCUGAGUGAGGGUGUUGAGGACCUGCAGCUCCUCAUCCACGCACUGGAGUACGUGCUGGAGGCUACGCGCAUGGGCUUCCCCCGCCUCUUCUUCCUCAGCAACACAGAGGUGGUGGCUAUGGUGGCCUCGCCAGCAGAGCCCAUGGAGGUGACUAUCUGGGCCCGCCGCUGCUUCCCAACUGUGCACCAGCUGGCCUUCCGCCAGCUCUCGACCACUGGAGACCCUGCCACCUAUGCUGCCCUGCUGCCCGUGUCAGAGGCCACAGGCCUGGUGGGAGCCUGUGGGGAGACGGUGCCGCUGUGUUCCCCGUUGCCCCUCAACCAGAAGGUCACUAAAUGGCUGUGCGCCCUGGAGCAGCGCAUGAAGGAGGCCCUCUUCCACCUGCUGCAGGCAUGCAUGGCCCAGCGCCUGGCCCUGCGGCCCCAGCUUGACGUGGCCUUUGAGCAGCGCCCAGCUCCCACCAAGCUGCCACUGCACCUGCUGGUGGAGCACUGGGGGCAGCUGGCAACAGACUUCCCAGCCCAGUGCGUGCUGCUGGCUGAGGAGGCCUUGUGGUUUGCAGAUGUGCAGGAGCGGCUCUUCGGCACCGUGUGCAGGCCCGGCCUGAAGCUCAAACACAGACUCAAGCUGGAGGCCCUGGCCCACUAUGUCCGCAACUACCGCAGCAGCCAUGCCGGGCAGCCGGGCAGCGCCCAGCUCAGCACACUGCUGGGGGCCCUGCUCACUGUCACCGUGCACCAGCGUGACAUGCUGACCUGCCUGCUGGAGCGCAAGGUCGACUCACCCACCGCCUUUGCCUGGGCCCAGCUGCUCAAGUACCGGCUGGUCCUGCACCCCGAGAGCGCCAGGGCAGCCGGGUCCCCCAUUGAGAGCUGGGCCGCCAGCACCCCUGGCUGCUGGGCCGAGAUCCUCGACAUCCGCCUGCACUAUGACUAUGAGUAUGUGGGGAACUGUCCCCACCUGGUGGGGAGCCCCCAGCUGGACAGGAGCUUCCUGGGCUUCCUGCUUGCCCUGGAGGAGUUCCGCUGUGGCGCGGCUCUGGGCUGCCACGGAGUCGGGAAGACGGCCACCAUGCAGCACCUGGCCAGGGUUCUGGGGCGCCAGCUCGUCAUCCUGCACUGCUCCCAGCAGAUGGGCCUGGGCUGCCUCCGCCAACACCUGAGUGGGGCUGUGCAGGCCGGGGCCUGGCUGCUGCUGGAGGCUGUGGACCAGCUGGGGCCCGGCGUCCUGUCAGGGUUCAGCCAGCUCCUGUCAGACCUGCAGAUGCUCUGCAUGGGCCUGCAGCCGGAGAAGGGCCAGGUGACCCCCAACCACAAAUCCAAGAGCAAGGACGGGGAGGGGCAGGAGCAGCCUGCAAGGGCCCUGCCAGAGCUGGGCCUGGAUGAAGCAGAGCCAUACCAGCCCCGCGUGCUGGGGAACAUCCUCUUUGGGGAGCGGCUGCUGCGGGUCAGGGAGACCUACGGCUGCCUGGCCACCCUGCAGCGUCUCCCUGAGCUCCUGCACCUGGCCUUGCGCCCCGUGGCCCUGCUGCCUCCUGACCUGCACAAGGUGGCCGAGGUGACCUUGCUGGCAGCUGGCUUCCGGGAAGCAGCACAGCUGGCCAAGAAGCUGAGCUAUUUCUUCUGGCUGGAGGGGGAGCUGGGCCCGGGCCCUGCACCCAGCCGGCUGGCCUUGUUGAAGGAGGUCAUUGAGGCAGCCAUUGGCAUUGUGUAUCCGCCCGUGGCGAGGCCACAGCCAGAGCCCAGGCAGCAGCUCACAGCCCAGCAAUCAUCCGUUGAGGGUCUGGCUGAGGAGCCUGCCCUCAUCCAAGCUCUCUGCCUCUCACCCUUCUUGGUUGCCUUGGAGGACCCCCGGCUGAGUAGAGUGUGGGAGCUGCUCCGAGGGGUCUUCCCUGCCUCCUGCUCCCUGUUCCCUGAGGCCUAUGCCCCCCCCGGAUUGCUGGGUGCCAUGACAGCACAGCUGCAUGAGGACAAGCUCCACGCAGACCCCGAGCUCACCAGCACCAUAGUGCAGCUUUGCCAGGCCCUGCUGGGCUCGCCGGGGGUCCUGCUGGUGGGGCCCGCAGGCAGCGGCAAGACCACAGCCUGGAAAACCCUGGCCAAGGUGCUGAGCAGGCUGGCUGUGAGCAAGUCCUUGGAGCUGGCGCCAGGGGCGGGCAGGCCAGGCACUCAGAAGGACGUGGCAUACCUGCCCAUCAGCACUGUCUGCCUCUGCCCCAACAGUCUCAGCACCUCUGAGUUCCUGGGCAGGCUUGAGGGAGGCAUCUGGAGGGAGGGUGUUUUCUCCAGGCUCCUGCAGAGAAUGGCUUCCUCAGCCCCUGCUGCUGGGCUGAGCGGGCCAGGCACCCAGCAAUGGAUGGUGCUGGAUGGAUCUGCCAGCUCCGAGUGGCUGGAUCCCAUCUCAUCACUGUUCAGUGCAGAGCCUGCUCUCAGCCUGCCAAGCGGGCAGCGGCUCCAUUCCCCAGAGGGCGUGAAGUUCCUCUUUGAGCUGCCUGAUGUCUCCAGCAUCUCUCCAUCCAUCUCCACACGGUGUGCCCUCCUGCACUGCGGGGGCUCAUGCGUCUGGCAAGCACUGCUGGCCUCAUCCCUAGCCACCAUCUACCACAGGUACAGUGUGAGCCAGGAGAGUGUGGUCAUGCUGCGUGGCCUCGCUGAGGAUGUCUUCCCCCCUACGCUCACCUUCCUGCAGCAACACUGCAGCUCCCUGCUGCAGCCUCACGCCGACCUGCGCAGCCCCAUGGCCUGGGGCAUCCCGGAGACCACAGCCUUCACCAGGCUCCUGAAGGCUCUGCUGGACCGACACCUGAGCCAUGACAAGGCGAAGGCCCAACCUCUGAGAAGGGAGGACCAGGCAGUGGCUGAGAACAGCUGUGCAGGGGUGUCAGCUGUCCCUUCACCCUGGGGCUUGGAUGAAGCUGUCCCCUCCCAUCACCACCUGCUCGUCCGCAGCAUCUUCGUGUUUGCCUACAUCUGGGGCUUCAGUGGCCACCUGCACCCCAGACACUGGGCCCUCUUUGACAGCUUUGCCCGUAGAGUCCUGUACAGCAGCCGCUACACCAUAGAGCUGCCUUCAGCUGAUUCUGUCUUUGACCUCUGUCCCCAGCCUGAGGAUGGGAAACUGGAGGUCUUUGAUGGGAAGUAUCUGUCUGGCAGAGUCAAGGCAGUUCCCGUGAGCUUCACCAUCCUGCCCCAGUACGAGCGACUCCUCUACGUGCUGGACCUGCUCCUGGGCUCCAGGCAGCCAGUGCUUCUGGCCGGGGAGCCGGGCUGUGGCAAGUCAUCCUUCGCGGAGCUGCUGAUCCAGCCCAAUCACUCCUACCACCGCGUCGCCAUCUCACCUGCCCUUGGCACUGGCCACGUGCGCCACCUGCUGGAGAGCCACAUCCUGGGCAGCACGCGGGACAAGGCCCUGUUCACCAGCCUCCUCGGAUCCCGGUCCCCUGCCGCCAGGGGCGGGAGGAGCUGCUACCUGCUCCUGCUGGAUGACCUGCACGCCGCCGAGCUGGAUGCCAGGCAGGGGAGUCACCCCGUGGUGGAGACCCUGCGCCAGGCCCUCUCUCACCAGGAGGUCUAUGGCGCCGAGACCCUGGAGCUCCGACACAUCCCUUCAGCAGAGUUCAAUUGCUUUGGCUUGGUGGCUGCCCCAGCGAUCGGUGUCCACCCGCUCUCCCCUCGCUUCACUCGGCUCUGCAGCAUCCUCUCGCUCCCCAGUGUCUCCAGGGAGUCUCUGAUCAGCAUCCACAGACCCCUGGUCCUGGCUUGGCUGGAGAAGUUCCCCCUGCUGGCCAGGCACAGCGAGCUGGCUACUGCCCUGGUGGGGGCCACUGUGGACGUGUACGAGGCCAUGACGGCCAGAUUCCGCUCCUCCCCCGCCUGCUACCACUUCUCCUACCACCACAUCGAGAAGGUUCUCAGGGGCCUCUUCCUCCUGCGGCCCUGCCCCGGGAUUCACCUCACCAGCCCCUUGGAGGACCCCAGCACCCUCAGGGCUGCAAAGCGAGGCCAGCCGGGGAUAAGCCUCAGCCUCACGCUGAGCACCCGGGUCAUCGUCCGUCUCUGGCUGCACGAGUCGCUGCGCAUCUUCUGCGACCCGCUGCUGUCGGAGCGCGAGCGGCAGGAGAGCGGGCAGCUGCUGCUGGACGUGGCUGCCAGCACCUUCUGCACCAAGAGGAGCAUGCUGAGGGUGGUAUCCACCAGUGACAAGGAGCCGCAGCAGCGCGAGGGAGCCAGGAGCAUCAUGGAGCCCGCCGGGCAAGACGCUGCCAUGGAGCUGGGCGCUGAGCAGGGUGUGCUGGCUGACAGCCAUGAGGAGCCUUCCUCGCAGAGCAGCAGCGACGGGGACUGCCCCGACGCCUUCGAUCCCAUAGACCAGGCCCCAGCCCUGGCCUUGGACCAGCCAGAUGCAGUGCCAUCCAGGGACUCUGCCCUGGACGCACUGGAGCCCGAGGGGGCAGAGGCGACUGAGAUGAAGAGAAUGGUUUCCAUCCAGCCCUUUCCAGCCCUGCACCUUCGCUUCCAGGAGCAGCACCCGGCCAUGGGGCGCCACACCAGCACCCGCCAAACCACCCCCCUGAAGAGCAAGCGCAGGCCCUCCACCAAGAAGGAGAGCAACAAGCCCCUGCUGCCCUCCCACCUCCUGCUGCUGCCAGGAGAGGACGUGCGCAACAUCCUCUUCAGCAGGGAGCUGACGCCGGCCUCCUCCAGCCGGGAGAGCCUUUACCACGAGAGAUGCUGGGACACCAUCCAGCGGCAGCUCAGCACCUUCCUCCCCAGGGGCUUCGUGCUGUGCAGAGAAGUCACCCAGCACCUGGUGCGCCUGCUGCGGGUGCUGUGCUGCCCACAGGGGCAUGGGGCCCUCCUCUCCCUGCACCUCUCCACCGGCAGGAGGUCCCUGGUGGCCCUGGCUGCCAACGCCACCAGCUCCCAGCUCUUUGAGCUGACGGGGCAGGCGGGGGAGUGGGAGGUGAGAGAGCUGAUCAGGAAAGCUAGCUGGCAGGCUGGGAUCCUGGAUGCUAGAGUCGUGGUGCUGGUGCACCAGGGGGUGGCACUGGGCACCAUGCAGAAGCUGGUGGAUCUGAUGAGAGAGGGCACCUACCCUGGCCUGUACACUGCUGAAGACACCGCACACAUCGUGAAAGAACUGCUGCAGGAGAACCAGAACAUCAAAAGGACCAUGAGGCCCAACAUAGUCCUGCAAAGGUUCUACCAAUCUGUGAGGAGCAAUCUGCAUUUGCUGCUGCUGCUGGAUGGGCACAAGGGCUGGGCGAAGGGCAGGGGACCCUUGGGUUACCCCACAGCCAUGGCCACAGCCCUGCUCACCCUCACCUGCAGCACUGAUGUGUACCAGCCCUGGAGCCAGGAGUCCCUGGUGCAGGUGGCUAACCAGCGCCUGGAAGAUGCCCUCAGCCAGCAGCCUCUGCAGAGCCCAGUCCCAGCGUCGCUGCAGGCCCUGGAGAAUUCGCUCGCCAGCAUUGCCUCAGCCAUGGCUCUGAUUCACCGCUCUGCCAGCUGCUACGCCACACACCUGGCCCCCAGCAUGCCCCUCAUCACCCCAAAGACCUUCCUGGAUUUCGUCGACAUUUUCCUCAUGUUCUCAGCACAGUUGCAGAGGCAGAGCUGGACUCAGGCUGAUCGGAUGAAGCUUGCUCUGACCAAGAUGUGGGCAGUGAGUGAGAAGCUGCGGGAGCACAACCGGGACAUCAAGUAUCUGCAGGAGAAACUUCGCAUGGCCAAGGAGCAAGUGGCCAGGUGCCGGCGGCGGGCGGAGCAUGAAGAAGUGGUGCAGAAGCAGCAGGAGCAGGACCGUCAGCACCGCGAGGCGCGCAUCGAGAUCCUUACACAGGAGCAGCAACUGCUGGAGCAGAGCAAGGAGUCUGCCAUGAGAAAGAUGAAUACUGAGUACAAGGCAGCACUGGCUGGACUGCAGGUGCAGGACAUUGAGGAGCUGCGGAGCUACCGGUUACCACCAGCAUCCAUCCUGAGGGUGACGGAUACCCUGUGCAUGAUGUUCAGCAAGGAGCCUGGCUGGGAGAGUGCCAAGCAGCUGCUUGGGCAAGAGGACUUCUACCAGCUGCUGCCAUGGAAACAGUACACCCCAGCUCCCUGGUUCCACCUCAGUCCCCAGGCUCCUCAGCACAAGGCACUGGACAGGCUUAUGGGAACACCAGACUGGAGUUUAUUGAGAGAAAACGCUUCAGAUAAAAGCAAGUGCAAGGGUUUGGAAACCUCUCAACAUCAAGGGUAGCAUUGCGUGCUUCAAUUCCCAGAUUAGUUUGAUGGAUCAUUGAAAGUAGCUUCAUCCACAAAGAUGGUGUCAGAAUGGAUUCAAAUUUGGACAUGUGCCUCUGAACAGACUGAAGUUCAGUUCGAGCCUGUGCAGUGAGACUGAGAGCUUCAGGCUCAUCUAAAGCCUUUCUCACUGAAUUCAAAUGCUGCACAACUGGUUGAACCCCAUCAAUCCGUGCAGACCAUCUAGUUCUGGACAUCCCCUGCAGUGAAACAGGAAGAGAUUGCUUCAGAAUUUCCCACCUUUGUGGGCUGCUACUGAAGAGAUUGUACAUUUGCUGAACAGUUCCAGAGGAAGUAAUUGCCUCCUUGCAUGAUUCAGCACAGUCAACACCUACCAGGUUCAGUGUGUGGUUUCCACAGCUGGAGAAAAUACAGUUUGAAUUAUGCUCAAGCAGAACUGCUUGUCCACCUUUGUACUUCCCGGCCAUAUUGGAUCCAUUGUCAUGGCUCGACCAAUGCAGACUUGAAAAUCUCACUUAAAACCUUCUAGAAUUACUAGUACUUGAGCAGCAAUUUCUUUCCCAGUUUUUCUCAUGAAAUUAUCAAACAAAAUAAACCUUUCUUCAAUUCAAAAUUUUGAGCUGUCUACAAUCUUAACGUAUCAAAUAACCAUAGUAGUCUGUUCCCUGUGAGAACAAUCUGGAGUGGCAUCAACAAUGAUUGAAAAAUACUUGGCAUUUUGAAUCUCAUCAAGAAUUGUUGUUUGUACGAAUGACCCACAUAGCUCAAUAAACCCGUUUUGUAUGCAUGUGGCGAGAUAAUGGACUUGUAUGUGCUUUUGAUUCUCUUGCGAUUCUCAAAUACAUUUAACAUACUCUGAUAAAAGUGGGUCAUAUUUGCUGAGGAGCUCCACUAUGCCUAGAAAGUUUCCAUUUGCACGAUCACCAGUACAUUGACUAGAACCAAAGAAAGCCAAUCCCCAGUCAAAAAGAAAAAGGAUGACAUUCAGGAUGCGCUCAAGAAGUUUUUUCCAGUUGUUAGUUUCUGUACAGAGUUCAGUCAAGAGUAAAUUCUCAACUGAACUUUCAGCUAAUGCUGCCCUACUGGCUGAUUUCCAUGCAACAUAGUGUUCUUUGUGUGACGGUGAACUCUCACGGGAUGGUAUUCAGUCUUUCAACUUCCUCCAACCCCUGUUGAUGUGCCAUCCUGAUUGGUCAGAGAGACCUGAUGCAUUUGCAGCACUUUUGUUCAAAAUGAAGCAGGGUGCACGGUACAGAGAUUGUUUUUCCGUACUCCAGCAUAACCAGUCUCUUGUGCAGGUCUCACCACUUGGAAGAGUUUUUGUCAGCAGAUGAGUAGGGAAAGCAUGAUUAACAGCAUCUCAUGGAAUGUUACUUGGAAUUUCAAAACAACUAAUUUGAAGAAAAGAUUGUAUUUGGGCAGCAUUGCUCUUGUCAAUAAUUCCAAUGUCAGUCAUAGUCAAACCUGUAGUACUCAUGAAUUGCUCUUACUGCGUAAGAUCUACAUCUUCCUGUUGCUGUUGAGUUUCUUAAUCGUACACAGUAUCUUCUCCUGCAUCUGUUACUGUUGGCACAUCUCCUUCUUGACUACUGUCCUCAUGUUCAGGUAUUGGCACUGAAAUAUCACCUGUUGCAGUUGCGGAGUUUUCAUUAUCUGUAGCAUUGUUUGUUGGGUAAGGUGUGUUUUCCAGUGGUUUGAGAAAUGAAGUUAUUGGCUUUGAGCUCUUAGCUGCUGCUUCACUCAGUUGUUUUCGUCAUCUCUUCCUUGCACCACUUUCAAAUCUCCUCUUCAUAGUGAUCUAUCUGGUCAAUAUGGAGCCUAUCCACACUUGAAAUAUUCUGCUGUAAAUAAAUAGCUUAUCUAAACUUGAAAUCUUCUACUGUAAACGUACACAAAUGCUGAAUGAUACACAAAUGCUGAAAAUGAAGGAAUACUAAUUAAGAACACAAAAUGAAACAGUCAGGUUAUUAUUCUUAUCACUGAAUCAAAACUCAAGCACACAAGGUAUAAUAUAAUAGGCUGAUCUGAAGACAAAGGGAUGACGUAUAUAUAGUAAACACAGACACGGAUACAGACAGAGGGAUAAUGUCCAAACAUUUCAAAUGUGUGUCCUCACGAAACUUACUGUACAAGACUGUCCUCACAAAUUUUCACCUUGAAUCCGGGCCUACGGACUACGAAAGUCAUGAUGAUGGCCAAGCUACCAAGCUAGGGCUCAACCAGCCCAACCAGUCACCUCUUUUAGCUACCAUAUGAAGAUAAUAAUGAAGAAUUCUCACACACAAAUAAUACCUUAGUCAACUAGACAUAAAACUGUAAAGAUACUAAAAUGUAACAAUUCUGUACCUUUCAGCACGCACUUGAUCCAGCACCAGCCACUAGUAGUGGUUUAUUUAUGUAA